AUGCAGUUCGUCCAGCAGCUGAUCGGUAAUCCAGAAGAAGUUUCCCCUCAGUUAGGGGGGAGCUCCACUUUGAAGCAGGAGACUCCACAACCACCCUGCAUUAAAAAGGAAGAGGAGGAACUUUGCAUCACUCAGGAGGGAGAGUGUCUUCUAGGACGAGAGGAAGCUGAUUACACCAAGUUUCCACUGAGAAUUCUCUCUGUGAAGACUGAAGAUGAUGAAGAGAAACCACAAGUAGACAACCUCUUAGCUCCACUAUCAGAUAGUGAGGCUGAAGACGAGGUUGAAGAACCUUUGAGCAGCGAUAAAGACUGUGAAGGUGAUAUGAGGACUCACACUGACAACAAACACUCUGAAUGCUCUACAAAGAAGAGAGGUAAAACUUGUUUGAGCUGCUCAGUUUGUGCUGAAAGUUUUACUAAAAAGAGCCAUUUGACUCAACACAUGAGAACACACACAGGUGAAAAACCAUUCAGUUGUUCAGUUUGUGGCAAAAGCUUUUCUCGAAAUUGUGGUUUGACUCAACACAUGAGCUCACACACAGGUGAAAAACCAUUUAACUGUUGAGUUUGUGGCAAAAGCUUUUCUCAAAAUGUCGGUUUGACUCGACACAUGAGAACACACACAGGUGAAAAACCAUUUAAUUGUUCAGUUUGUAGCAAAAGCUUUUCUCAAAAUGGCGGUUUGACUCAACACAUGAG